AUGGCGGCAACUGGCCUGGACGUGCACUUGCAUCCCCUAGUCCUCAUCAACAUCUCGGAUCAUGUGGUGAGGUUUCGCAGCGCUAGUCGGUCGGAGCGAGUACUUGGUGCUUUGCUUGGUGCACAGGAGGGCAGGCGCAUAGACGUGCACAACUCCUUCGAGCUUGUGUUGCAGGAGGAAUCUGGUGAGAGGUCCCUCGACCUGGAGUUCUUCCAGCAGCGCCUGGCGCAAUACCUCGAGGUGUUUCCACGAUACGAAUUUCUGGGAUGGUAUUCAACGGGCCCUCACCCAGAAGAGGCUGACAAGGCCUUGCACAGAAAGAUCCAGGAGGUCGGUGCCAAUGAGAAUCCCUUUGCCCUCCUCAUGGACACAGACAAGAUGUCCCGAGAGAAGGCUUCGCAGGGGGAGGACCUGCCGGUGAAGGUCUAUGAUGCCACGGUCCACAUCGAGCAGGGUGCGGCUACGGUCACUUGGAACGAGGUGCCGUACAUCAUCGAUACUCUGGAAGCAGAGCGGAUAGCAGUCAACCAUGUGGCCAAAUCUGCGACCACGGCCACAUCAGGCUAUUCCUCCGACUUCACUCAGUACACGUCUGGCUUGUCGAACUCCGUGGUCAUGCUCAGCAACCGGAUAAAGGAAUUGUUGGAGCACAUGAAGGAGGUGAAGGAAGGACGAGCACCGAAGAAUCCGGAAGUCCUGAGACAAACGCUGUCCAUCUGCCAGGCACUCCAGUCCGUGCAUCCGUCAGCCUUGCAGGAGGAGUUCUGUGGCGAGUACAACGAUGCCACGCUGGUCGUACUCCUUGCGACUCUCACCAAGGUUUGUGCCAACACCUCUGAUCUGCUCGACAAGUUUCAGCUGGCAUAUAUGCAGCACUUGUUAAAGCAGCUGGUGUUCCAAUGCGGAAACAUCGACCCAGACAUCACUAUCCUUUCGGCUGGCAACGCACUGUGGUUCCUAGUUGUGGGGUCGAAGAUCGAUUUGUCGGCUGCUGUGUUUCGAGAACCUUUGGGACAGCAGGGCGCGGCCUCCUUUGAUCUGCUACGAUAUUUGUCCGACUUGUCCCAAGUUCCAGAGGUGGGCUUGAUGUCCUUUGUCCGGCUUCUGGCUCACGGGAAUGUACUGGCCGCGUUGCUCUGCUGUGCCACGGCAAGCAAGUUGAGGACGCGAGAGCAAGCCGGGGCCGUGCCGGCCGGGGUGCCACAAAUCGAGGAGCUCGGGCUCCUGUGGCAACGUUGCGCCGCAGAAGGUGAUGAGUGCACUUGCGGCAGUGGCCAUGUUCGCUUUGGCGAGGGGGACCGCUGGGUCGCCCUGCAGCUUGGUGCAGGAUCUGCCCCAGUGUCGUGCAAUAUCUCGAGCUUCGGAGAGGAUCCAGCUUUCAAUCGGAUGAAGGAAUGCUGGUGCGCUGCUCCUGCAAGCGAGAAUCCUCAACCUGCCCGUGUUGCCAUUGUCAUGCUUAGCCGACAUCCCCCAGACCUGAACACCUGGAUCAGGUACCACCUUCAUCAUGAAGGGGUCGAACACAUCUUCGUAAGAGCUGAGGAUUCGCCACAGAUCUCCGAAAGCGUCCAGCAGCUAUCAGCGCAGGACCAGGCGAAGGUCACGCUGUGGGCAACGCCAAGUCCAAGCCUACUUGGUUUGUCCUCGACGGACUCACGCCCUGUGGACGACUACACCACUUUGCAGGCCAGGCAAACUGCCGCAAUGGCCAGAGCCAGGGAUGCCUGCAAGCAGAUGGGGAUUGAUUGGCUUAUUCACAUUGAUGACGACGAGCUGCUGUAUUCUCCGCAAAGCCGGAAGAUUGGGGAUCUGUUGGCUGCCGUGCCCUCUAACUUGGCACAGGCUGCUCUGACCGGUCUUCUCUGCGAGUGUGCAGCCAGCGGCGACAUCGCUGGCCUUCGGGUUCUCAUCCACGCUGGGGCCGAGGUCAAUGCUGCUACGGCCUACGACAUGCGAACGCCGCUGCACUUGGCGGCUGCUGCUGGCAAGCUAGAUGUGGUCAAGUUUUUGAUCGCAGAGUGUGGUGCAUCGUUGCAGCAGGAUAGAUUCGGGUUGCUGCCCAUACACGAUGCUGUGGAGAACAGCCACACAGAGGUGCGACGCUACCUUCAGAGCCAGAAGCUAGCAGUUCCGCAGCAGUCUCUGCAAAAGCGACGACGCGUGGAUUCAGUCGAAACAUUGAAUACGACAACAGAUCGAGAUAGCAAUGAUACAGAUGAGCUGAUGGGGACCGUGUUCGAGUUAGUUGUCAAAGAAGGUGUCUUCAGCUACACGACGGUUCAUGCCGAAGUGAAGCACUUCUUCCAGGUGCUUCGCUUUCACGAAAUCUAUUUCAAGCAUUUCACGCCCAUGCAGAUUGCCAAGCAUGUUCACUGCCUCAUUGCUGCAAAGCAUGUUGCCCGUGCUACUGACGAUAUCGGCGGCCUGGAGUUUGACUUUAAGUCAGAGCACAGUGGCUUCUUCCUGAGCAGCAUUGGUUGCGCUAGGGAGCCAACAGGAGCACAGCUUCGCACCAUCGAUGCUGUGUCGGCCUUCCUUACACACUGCUUCGAGGACGGAAAGAAUGUGGCCUUGACAUUCAUGUCUUCCGAAGGUCCAGCCUUCGUUGGGGGACCGGAGCGCCUGGGCAUCUACUCCGUAGAGAAGGGCCACUUCGAGGUCUCCCGGGUGGCAGAGGGAGAAGCCUGCUUGGAGGUCUUGGCAUCCUCGCGGUUUUUGAUGACCAAGACCCGCGAGGCCAAGGAACAGUACCAAAUUGUCAUGGAAGAUGUCGUUGCGACGCGCCGAAGUGUCGUGAGGGUUGUCCCUGGGCACAUGUACCCUGGACCAUGUCCUUACGGCUUCGUGGUGCUUUUUUCGACGGCAGAGACCGUGGGUCGGCACUUCCUCAAAGAGAUCUGGCAGGCGAUGCGCUUCGUGGGACUAAUUCCCCGUCGCUUCUACCUGGAGAGCUUCGCGAAUGGUGUUAUCACUUACAGCCUCUUCUUCCCAACUGCCAGUGAUGACCAAGUCCAGAAGCUGAAGAGAACGAUUAUGCACGCCACGCUGCUGAAGGCCACGCCUGGCCGAUCCGCCUUGCUUUACAACAAGGUCAUGCAGUCAAGGAUUUCUCACGAGUGCGGUCUCUACCUCUUGGCAGCUGUGAAGUUCGUCUAUGCUUUCUUCCCGAAAGAGCAGUAUUCUCGGGAGUACACUGGUGUCCACAAAGUCUUGGAGCAAAACCCUGCGGCACAGAGAAAGCUGGAGACGCUGUACCGCCUUUGCAUGAAGGAUUUGCUUUCCACCGAGAGAAUCUACCAGCUGAUCAGCCGACAACCAGCCUUGGCUGAGCAGUUCUAUACUGACUUCCGAAAGAUUGCGACGGGUGAGUCCGCUCCGAGCUUCAAUUCUGUGCUGGGCGCCUCUAUCGAUGCAGCCUGCAGCGAUCCACAAGAUCGACAGAUCUUACGGAUGUUCCUGACUUUCAACCAGAGCGUCCGACUCACCAACUUCUUCAAGCCAGAGAUUCCUGGAGCCUUUGCAUUUCGUCUGGACCCGGCCAUAGUCCUCAAGGACCGCCCGGCUUCCCUCUACCCUGAGAUUCCUUAUGGGAUUUAUAUGGUGUGCGGCCGAGACUUCAUGGGCUUUCAUACACGAUUUCGGGAUGUUGCUAGGGGUGGUAUCCGCUUGGUCUUAUCCCGCGAUGGGGCAGCUUAUGAGCGCAACUUUGCCACAUUGUUUGACGAAUGCUACAACCUCGCCUACACUCAGCAGAACAAAAACAAAGACAUCCCGGAAGGUGGAGCGAAGGGCGUCAUUCUGCCAGAUUCAAACUGGUCUGGGGCGAAAGAUGUGGACGGCAACUGCCUCAUGGGAAACUCAUCGCAAAGCCCAGCUGCAACGCGCUCCUGCUUCAUCAACUACGUCAACGCAUUGCUGGAUUGCAUGCAACCAGAGCAAAACAACUUGUACAGUGGGCACAUGCAAGCUAAGAAGGAAAUUCUCUUCUUCGGGCCCGAUGAGAAUACGGCAGGGUUCAUGGACCUGGGUGCAGACAUUGCUCGUGAGCGGGGCUAUCCAUAUUGGAAGUCACUCACCACCGGCAAGAGCGUUUCUUUAGGUGGAGUGCCGCACGAUACCUACGCCAUGACCACCACGAGUGUCCACACUUACGUGACAGAGCUUCUGCAUCAGCUCGGCGAGGACGAGAGCCAAAUCACCAAGUUCCAAACAGGUGGCCCUGACGGCGAUUUAGGCUCCAAUGAAAUUCUGAUUUCCAAGGACAACACCGUUGCGAUCGUAGAUGGUUCCGGUGUUCUCUACGAUCCCGCUGGUCUCAACCGCAUGGAGCUGCGGCGCCUGGCGAAGCAGCGUCUGCCUGUGAAGCAUUUCGAUCGUUCCUUGCUGAAGACUGGCGGCUUCCUCGUUGUCGUGGAUGACAGUGAUGUUGUUCUGCCUGAUGGAUCGAAGUACUUGACUGGGGCAGAGUUGCGAGACUAUUUCCACCUCACAACCUACGCAACAGCAGACCUUUUCGUUCCUUGCGGUGGCCGUCCCAACUCUAUCACCAGUGACAAUGUCAAGCGCAUGUUCACAGCAGAUGGCUUGAAGCCAAAGUUUCGACUUAUCGUCGAAGGCGCGAAUCUCUUCUUGUCUGAUGGGGCACGAGUAACUUUGGAGAAUGCUGGCGUCCAUGUCUUCAAGGAUGCUUCUACAAACAAGGGCGGCGUCAACUCCUCGUCGCUGGAGGUAUUUGCAGCGCUUGCGCUGCCAGCAGAGGAUCAUUCAGCGCUGAUGUGCUAUGACCCUCGCAAAGGACAGGCGCCGCAAUUUUACCAAGACUACGUGCAGCAGAUCAAGGAGAUCAUCAUCGAGAAUGCCAAGCAGGAGUUCAAGGCUAUCUGGCAGUGUAGCAUCAGCGGCAUCAAGAAGGUGGAUGCCACCAAACUCAUCUCCAGCAAGAUCACGAAGAUGCAGGACACGAUCAUGGAAAAGUUCGAGGACAUGUCCAUAGCAGAGAGGGAGCAGCUCGUUCGACGUGUGCUGACUAUAGCCAUCCCGCCCUUGAUGCUGCAGAAGCUUGGCAUCGAGGGAAUUCUGGAGCGUGUCCCGGCGAAUUACAUUGCGGCCAUCGUUGGGGCGUGGGUUGCUUCGCGUUUUGUAUACAAGUAUGGCAUCAGUGCCACGGAGGUGUCCUUCUUCUUCUUCCUUCGUGGACUCCUCUCUGGCACCGAUGAAAAGGCGUAA